AGUCAAUCUAUAGUGUCAUUCGCCAACAGUCGGAGGUGGCGAACGGGCGCGCAUGCCAUCCAACGGUUGAAACUCCCGCACGUGCGGGAUUCUGGACCGGGUUCGGAGGUCGAAAUGGGUUCUCUACGUACUUGCGCUCGACACUGCGUAUGUUUCUUGGCCUUCAUCACAUGGCUGUUAGGAUGCGGGGUGAUAGGAUUUAUGAUGUGGAUUCUCGCCACCUCUUCCACAGUUGGGAUGUUUUUUACAGGAGCAUUGAUAUUUACAUAUGUUGUUUUGGGUUUUGGAACUCUUAUUUUUAUAGGAGGUCUUAUUGGAUGGAUAGGAUCUUAUAGAAAAGGUGGAUGUUUGAUGAAGUUGUUUCUUCUUCUAUCUGUUCUAACUAUUGCCUGUGAAAUUGGAGGUAUUGUGGCUCUCUACAUCAUGAAUGUAAAGUUGGUCAAAGUAUUAGGAAUUGCUUGGAAUGAAGUAAAUCAGGAUGCUAGAAAUGUCCUACAAAGAGAGUUCGCAUGCUGCGGAUUUCUAGGACCCGAAGAUUAUUCACCGGAAUCGACUCCCAUUGAUAAAAGUUGUUAUAAACCUAUAAUGAAGGAAGAAGACAUCUUAGAAGAACCGGAAUUAUAUAAGGAGGGAUGCAGAGACAAGAUGAUGGAUUGGAUGUCUAAAAAUAAAACAAUCUGGGUAGCGUGUUUAGGAUCGAUAUUAGCAGUUCAAGUUGUUUGCGUGCUUCUAACCGUCUACGUUGUCAGUCAUAGCAAAAGAGAACGGAGAAGUUCCAUCAAUUCUCUUGAUACCAGUCAUUCCCAUACAUAUCUUUAAACUGUAAAUAAUUAAAUUCCAGAUUUCCUGAUCCAAAUAUAAGUAUCUAAAUAAUUUAUAUAAAUAUAUUUUUGUUGAUUUUAACGUUUUAUAAAACCUAUUACGGGUUAUUUUAGUGCUGAAAUUGCUGUUUAACUAUAAAAAAAUGGCUUGACUGUAGGCAAUUUGUAUAUAUAUAUAGAACAUGUUUGAGAUGUAAAUAUUACUGGUAUGACUUUAAUUUUGUUUAAUUUUCUAAAAAACAACAUGUAUAUUUAUCAGCAUGCCAGCUUGUGUAUUGUAUCUGCGACGUUCUCGUUCAUGUGCCUUUUGAAUGUGGUACAAAUUCUUAAAAAAUUCUGAUUUUUUUAAAAUUUUACUGUCCAAUUUUUUAUCUACAUAUAUAUAUAUAUAACUCUAUAUUUCGAAAAAAUUAUCUAUUUUUGGACUGUAAUUUCAUAUUUUUAACUCGAUCUGUGUUAAUAUUCUAUGUUAUAUACAAACUUGAAUUAAAAAAAGGUGUAACUUGUGUC